GCCAUAUGCUGUCUUCCAGAACCGGGUGACCGUAUUCCUUGAUUUAAAACCUUGUCAACGGCCCGUACUAAAUUCUUCUCAACAGAAAAAAUGGCCCGAUUAACUGUUGCCUUGUUUUUUGUUCUGGCUGUUGUGUCAGUAUGGGGCGAAGAGUGUUCUCUUGGUGGAUCCAUACACGACUGGCGAAACGAAUGCAGCCACGAACGAUGUCAUCAUUCACAUGGAGCCGUCAUCGGGUGUGUGUCUACACCCCACAGCGCUUCGGGUAAAGGUAUUUGUACCUGUGUGACGAGAUGCGAUGAUGACGUCAGUAGGUGUCACGUAAAGAAUGACUGUAUAAGGUCUGCCCUACUGAACCGAUGUGGACAGUGUCAGCAAGGCGAUCACGACUACCACUGCAUUGACAACCACUGCCACUGCGGCUUCCCGACGAAACCAUGAGCAGUGUCCAAGGACAACCCGUGACAGUUUAUCAGGGAGGACAACUCGUGGCAGCGUGUCUCAAGUUACUCUUGGAAUAAAUAUAUUUGCUCAUCUUCA